AUGUCGGCACCAUCGCUAGAUAGUAGCGUGACCGGAGUGGGUGGUGAUGAAAUCCUGUACAAUGCACUACACGAGUUGGGUUUUAUCAUUGAAAGGAACCGUAUACUCCGAAGAGACACGGGACAGGAAGCAGACUCGCAGUCCGAGCAGCAGUGGCACAUGCAGGUUGAUGCCUGGAAGUGUUACUGUGCACAGCACGGCAGCCGCGCAAUGAAAGCACGGUCUGCAUGGCGAGAGAAGUAUGCACCCCACGCUCCAUGGUGUGACGUCGAACGGCUGAUGUUGCAAGCGUCACACCGGGACUUAAGGGCCCUCACUGAGAUUGACUUCGUUAUCAAGGCACAUCCCGCUGAGGAGUGUGACUUGAGUGCAGCCUUUCCCACUCCAUUCAUACUUGGCCGGGCUGGAGCUAACACCCGGCCUCUGAGCGGCCGUGAUUUCCGUCGGCUCUUCACCUGCGACUUUCUGGUGGAGUCCACUUUGGCAAGCGGUUCGGAUGUGGACAAGUCAAUCAAGUUGGCUAGCUUGAAGGCGUUGGCGAGGCUGCGAGGUCAAAACGAACGCAUCGCUCUUUUCUACAACGGCAAGGAACCUGGUUUGCCGCCAGCGCAGACAAUUCCUGCAGGUACAUUGGUGAUUUACUUUGCACAGCAAGCUACACUGACGUAUCCUUACAGGCUCAAGAAGCGCAUGUUGGAGGAAAAGCAGGACCAGUUGGAGGAGGAGAGAGAGCAGAGGAAGCGCCAGCAGGACCAGUUGGAGGAGGAGAGAGAGCAGAGGAAGCGCCAGCAGAACCAGUUGGAGGAGGAGAGAGAGCAGAGGAAGCGCCAGCAGAACCAGUUGGAGGAGGAGAGAGAGCAGAGGAAGCGCCAGCAGAACCAGUUGGAGGAGGAGAGAUAG